AUGGUUUCCAAGAAACGAGGAAAAUUAAACAAAAAUACCCUACAAAUAAAGAAUUUGAGUCACAAAAGCAAAGAAAAGUCUCAGGAAAAAAUCGAAGGGUUCUCUAAAGAUCUGAGAGAUUAUCUGCUGACUUCCACUUUGCAUGGCCUGCGGUACAUCGGUGAAAAGAAGUUGACUUGGUUUGAAAGGUUCUUUUGGCUAACAGCGUUCGUUUCUUCUUUAAUUUGCGCUGGAUUUUUUAUUCUCAACGUGUAUGCAAAAUGGCGAAUGUCUCCGAUGAUAGUGAGCAUAAAUGCUGAAGACAUGCCAAUCAACAAACUGCCAUUCCCGGCUCUAACAAUAUGUAAUGUAAACCAGGCAAAGAAGUCGGUUGCGGAACGUUAUAUGGCGUCUGGAAAUUCCGUAGGCAAGAAACUAUUGGAAAGUCUUUGUUCUACUCAAACCGAUGCGGACUUAUUUGAAGACAGUUUAGCUGAAAGCCCUGAUUGGGACCAUACUCGAUCAUUUCUUAUCAACGUAACACAACCGUGUGAGGAGAUGCUGGCAAUAUGUAUUUGGAACUCAAAACCGAUGAGCUGUCAGGAUCUAUUUAAUGCACAGUUGACAGACGAGGGGUUAUGCUGCACCUUUAAUGUGGUUCACAGAGAUAUGAUGUUCCGAAAUCCACGAGACUUAAACGACAUGAACAUCACUUUUCCAUCACCAGCUGUCGACUGGACCCCAGAAAAUGGUUACCCGGAUGAUGCACCACCAGAUGGCUUUCCGUGGAAGCCCAAAGGAAUUGGAACCGACCAUGGAUUGACAUUAAUUCUUGACGCAAACAUACCUGAAUACUACUGCGCGUCCACCAAAAGCGUUGGAUUUAAAAUUCUUCUACACAAUCCAACCGAAACUCCAAAAAUCGCGAAACUAGGGGAGAUCUACGGCCCUGGAAUCGAGGCAAGGGUGGCUAUAAAACCUCGGAUUCUGGACGCACAGCCCCAACUAAAAAAUAUCCACAUCAGCAAGAGAUAUUGUCUGUUUUCAAGCGAACAAGAAUUGGUUUUCUACAGAACAUACACUUUCAAAAAUUGCCAGAUGGAAUGUGAAGCACGACUAAUGUUAGAAAUAUGCAAAUGCGUUCUUUAUUAUAUGCCGAAAAAUAAAACAACCAGAAUAUGCGGAAAAGCGGAUGCCAAAUGCUACAGUAACAUGUGGAAGUAUAUACCGAAAGGUGACGAUCAAUCGUGCGACGAAUGCUUACCAGCCUGCACGGAGAUAUCAUACCUCGAGCGACUGAGCACAGCUCCACUCAAUAAGAACCUCAUAAUGAAUUACGCUCAGAGCAUACAGAUGUCGCGUAACGUAACUUCGGAAUACUUUACAACAAACAUGUUGGUCAUACAUUUUUACUUUGAAGAUAAGAAGUUUCUAAGAUUUACCAAAGGUGAAAUUUUUGGAUUGACUGAAUUUCUUUCAAACACGGGAGGUCUACUCGGUCUGUGCAUGGGGUUUAGUAUGAUGAGUGCAGUAGAACUACUGUACUACCUCACUUUACGAGCUUUAUGUGUAGUAAGACGUAGACAAGUACAGCCUUUUGUAAAAUAA